CCCUAAAAGAAGCACUGAGAAACGCAAUCGUGAGCAAGAGAAUAAAUACAUAGAAGAACUUGCAGAACUGAUUUUUGCAAAUUUUAAUGAUAUUGACAACUUUAACUUUAAACCUGACAAAUGUGCAAUCUUGAAAGAAACUGUGAAGCAAAUUCGUCAGAUAAAAGAACAAGAAAAAGCAGCAGCAGCUAAUGAAGAUGAAGUGCAAAAAGCAGAUGUAUCGUCUACAGGUCAGAGUGUCAUCGACAAGGAUGCACUUGGACCAAUGAUGCUUGAGGCCCUAGAUGGGUUCUUCUUCGUAGUGAACCCAGAAGGUAAUGUUGUGUUUGUUUCUGAGAAUGUGACACAGUACCUAAGGUACAACCAAGAAGAGCUGAUGAACACAAGCAUAUAUAGCAUCCUGCAUGUAGGGGACCACAAUGAAUUUGUCAAAAUCCUGCUGCCAAAAUCUUUAGUGAAUGGAGGAUCUUGGUCUGGUGACACUCCUAGGCGUAAUAGCCAUACCUUUAAUUGUCGGAUGCUGGUAAAACCUCUUGCUGAUUCUGAAGAAGGCCAUGAUAACCAGGAAGCACAUCAGAAGUAUGAAACUAUGCAGUGCUUUGCUGUUUCUCAACCAAAUUCCUUCAAGGAGGAUGGUGAAGAUUUGCAGUCUUGCUUGAUUUGUGUUGCAAGAAGAGCUCCAGUGAAGGAAAGACCACUUCUUCCUUCAUCAGAGAACUUUACUACUCGCCAGGAUCUACAAG